UAAUUUGACUCGAAGUUCGAACCCAGUUCAAAUGGGAGACAUUGAACAUUUGGUCCCCUCCCAAGUGAAAGGGAUUGGAUUGGCAAAUGGGUUAGUAUCAAAAGGCAGGAUAAAUCCUGGAGAUUGGAUCCCAUGCCUGCAGGAGUAAAGGGGAAGGAGUUGAAUCAUUUGAUCAUUUCAAACUCCUAACUCCGACCAAAGAAAAUUGAUUCAGCAACCAAAGCAGUGAAAUGCAUGUCUGUUAAGCCCAAAAAUUAAAAAGAAAAUGCAUGCCUGCAGUUACCAGUUUGGUAAGUUGUCGCCACUAACUCACACCAUCUCGUUGAUCUCUAGCCGAUUCAUUUUAUUCUCAUCAGCUUGUUCAUUCGCACAUGACUCGCUCUGUCUCAACAAACUCUUGGCUUCCUCCACAGACAUUGCUUCCAUUUCCCUACAUUUUGAUCAAAUCGAUACACCUAGCAUUCACCAAUGGGACAUCAUUAUCAGAGACAUUUCUGCAAGCUCCCAACCCGAAAAGUCUCUCCUUUUCUAUACCAUAAUGCGUAGAAAAGGUAUAACUCCCAGCAUGCACACUUUCCCUUCCCUUCUCAAAUCCUUUUCCAAGUCCCAAAACCAGAACCCAUUUCAGCUUUUGCCUCAUAUUGUUAAGUUCGGAAUGAAUUCUGACCCUUUUGUAAGGAAUGCAUUGAUUUCUGCUCUUUUUCGCUCUGGAGACGUGGAACUUGCUCGUCAAGUGUUCGAUGAAAGUGAGCAAACGGAUGUCGUUUCUUGGACUGCUUUAGUUGAUGGGUAUUUGAAAACUGGUUGUUUUGUUGAAGGGUUGAAAUGCUUCAAGGAAAUGAGAGUAAAGGGUGUAAAAGUUGAUGGAAUGACUGUUGUUAGUGUCCUUAGCGCUGCAGGGAAAAUGGGUAAUAUUUGGUUUGGAAGGAGUAUUCAUGGAUUUUAUAUGGAAACAGGGAGAGUUAAAUGGGAUGUGUUCAUUGGUAGUGCCCUUGUUGAUAUGUACUCGAAAUGUGGGUGCUGUGAUGAUGCGAGAAAAUAUUUUGAUGAAAUGCCAAGUAAAAAUUUGGUCUGUUGGGGUGCUUUGAUAGCUGGUUAUGUCCAAUGUAAUAGAUUCAAGGAGGCACUUGUCUUUUUCCAGGAUAUGCUAAUAGAGAAGGUUAGGCCAAGUGAAUUUCUAUUUACUAGUGUUCUUACUGCUUGUGCUGAAAUAGGGGCUUUGGUACAAGGAAGGUGGGUUCAUGGAUAUAUUGAUAGAUAUAAACUGGAGAUGAAUUCCAGAGUUGGGACGGCUUUGAUAAAUAUGUAUACAAAGUGCGGGUGUUUGAAUGAGGCUUUCAUGGUUUUUAAGAAGCUGAGUGGAAAGGAUGUUUAUUCUUGGACUGCCAUGAUUAAUGGGUUUGCGAUGCAUGGUGAUGCAAUAGGCUCCUUAAAUCUGUUCUGGGAAAUGCUAAGUAGUGGUACUCAUCCAAAUGAAGUUACCUUUCUUGGUGUUCUUGGCGCAUGUGCUCAUGGAGGUCUUGUUGAUGAGGGGCGAAAACUCUUCGCCAUGAUGAAGCAGAGGUAUGGUUUGGUUCCUAGUGCAGAUCAUUACAGUUGCAUGGUUGACCUGCUUGGUCGGGCAGGGUACUUGGAAGAAGCAAGGAAGUUGAUUGAAGAUAUGCCUAUAGAGCCUACGGCUGGAGUUUGGGCAGCUUUAUUUGGGGCCUGUAUGAUUCACAAGGCAUUUGAUCUAGGGGAAUAUAUAGGAAAACAGUUAAUCAAAUUGCAGCCAAAUCAUAGCGGUAGAUUUGCCCUUUUGGCAAACAUGUACUCGAGGUGCCAAAACUGGGAUUCAGCCGCUCAGAUAAGAAAGCUUAUGAAGGACAAAGGUGUUAAAAAGAUACGAGGAUGUAGCUGGAUAGAAGUCAAUGGUGCAAUUCAUGAGUUCACUGCUUUUGAUAGAUCUCAUUCCGAAUCCUCUAGUUUGAAUGAGAUGAUGGAAAGUUUUAUAGUUCAAUUAACAUUUGCUGCUUCUGCUCCAGAUUGUAGCUUAUUUGCAUUUGAUGUGGAUAUUGAGUGAAACAAUUUAAAGAAUGAAAAUGAUAGGAAAAUAACUAGUGUCGUGUUCACCAAAUGUAUGUGUAGGUGAUAGUCCCCAUCCUAAUGUUGCAUUCAAGCAAAUGAUCGUAUCUUCCUU